CAACACAGUGAAGCCUGCAUGGCUCGUGCUUCUGAAAAUGCUACUGACAUGCUAUGGGCACGUGAGUAAUCCCUUGCUCACGUGACUAGUACGUUUAGUCAUGGCCGACGACUACAGGCGACAGGGUCUCGAGUUGGAGAGAAGGAUAUUUGAGUUAGACAUUAAAUGUUCAAGUCUGAGAGCUGAAAAGCAAGAUGAUGACUAUUUACAGAAUGCGUCUGCCAUACUAGACAAGUUGAAAGGGUUUUACAGACAAGGAGGGGAGAGUAGCAACCUUUCCAAGCUGCUUCAGGAUUACACACAGGUGAUUCUCGACAUCACAUUUUAUGAAGAGAACAAACUAGUGGACCAGGAAUUCCCUGAAGACUGUUCACCUUUCAAAAUCCAGCAGCUGCUUCAAGACCUAACUGAACCAGAAGUUUUGGUGGCAAGGCUAGCACCAGCACAAGAGGUGCAGUCUGUUUUGGGCUUAGAGCUGUUAGAAUGCCUCUACUGGAGAAGGGGAGCUCUGCUCUACAUGUAUUGCCACACCCUUCAUCAGCGAAAACAAUGGAUCAAGAAAAACAAGGAAACAUUCCUUAAGUGUAUUCAGGAAGGCGUGCGCUACCUGAUGCGGAUGCUCCAAGUGAGAAACUCUGUUAAGCUCAAUGACGGGGUGGUGCUCCAUGACAGUGCUACAGCCAGCAUCCUAUCUGAAGGCAUCUUCUCUGACACACACUUGUUGACAAUGAUGUACAUUGGGGAAAUGUGUUUCUGGGCUGUCAAGUAUGAAGACUGCAGCGCUGAUACUACAGACCGCAAAGAAGAUCGCCUCCAGUUUCGGGACAUUGGUACUCAGAUCCUCAACAAAUAUGUGCUUGCCUGUGAGGGUCCUCUGCAAGGCCAAGGCUGGAACACAGAAAAUGCCAAGGAAAUCCUUAUCAUGACAGAGAAGAUCCAGCAGCUGGAGUCUUUAGUGAUUCGCAGCCUCCAGCGGUUCAAACGCCGAUAUUUUCCCCAUGUAGUGAACAACGAUGAUUUUACUAAAGUUGAAGAGCCAGGAAAGGAAGAACCACGAGAGGGAUUUUUGGAAAUUUUACCGAUGGGAUUACAGUUCCUGAUCAUGUCCUUUCUGUCUCCGGUGGAUAUCUGCCAUCUGGGAGCCACGAGUCGGUAUUGGAGGGCCAUGGUGAGAGAUCCACUGCUGUGGAGAUACUUUCUGUUGCGGGACAUGCCUUACUGGUCCUCCAUUGAUCAUUUGACCAUGCCCCAACUUGACCUACUGGAUGUGCCACUAAUCAGUGAAGAUGAGAACCUGGAAGAUAGAGAAGAGGGGGAUUUGAAAGAGAGGGAGUGGAAAUUAGACUACAUGUCAGAAUACCUCAAAGGCUGUCCAUCCUGCAGACAGCAAUGGGUCCCCACAAGACCAGCAUAUGGAGUUGUGACUUCAUUUCUUCAGUAUCUUGUGCCCUCAUCUGAACCCCGUUAUGCCAUGUUUGGACCUGGAAUGGAGCAGCUGGAUGUUUCAUUAGUUACCAGAUUAAUGCAUUCCCCAGAUGUGCUUCCCGUGUCGGGCACACCCCAAAGACAAAUCAAUGGUGUCGGCUCUGGGAUCAGCUACAUAUUCAAUAACCAACAUAAAUUCAACAUCUUAACAUUGUAUUCAACUAACAGGGCAGAGAGAGAAAGAGCCAGAGUACAGCAGCAGAGCACCAGCAGUAAGCUUUUUACUUUUGAAGGAACCGAUGAGUCCGGCCUCCCAGUGUACAGCCCAGCUCCCCAGGUCCAGCAGGUGUGCCAGGUGGUGGACGGUUUCAUUUAUGUUGCCAAUGCAGAGUCUGCUGGAGGUGAUGAGAAAGAAGAGGUAGCGCAGAUCAGGGCUGUUCUGAACUGUGAAGGGGACCACAAAGCCAAGCCUUUACUGGUGCUCUGCUGUAUCUCCAGAGAACAACCAGAAACUCACAGUACCAGAACUCCGUGUGUUUAUAUGGCAAAGAGACUCCGCCUUCCCCAACUGUCUCUCCCCUGGAUGGUGCAGGACACAGUGGCAGAAUCCCUGUCAGGUCUUCUGGACGGAGUUUCUUGGCUGUUGGGAUGUUCUGGUGUCAGAAUGGGAGCUAGUCACUGA